AUGGAAGACAAUCAUAAUAAUCUGGCCGCCAUCUUUGCUGAGGUCGUAGAGGGAGAGAGAGGAAGUGAAGACGGAGAAGAACCGCAAAACUAACCGCCGGUGUUUACGUUGAUUCAGGCCAGAAUGAUCCAUGCGGGUCCCGCUCGUCCCUCUUCCAGAAACCCGCUCCACUGGAACUGUGAGCUGCGGAGCUAACAGCGGCUAGCCGGAGCAGCUAGCUGUUGGAUGACCGAGCAGUGGUCGUCCGAGGCGGACUGAGAGCUCGGCUCUGCCCGCUGGCGGUUCUCUGAUCCCGGGUCACAGCAGCUGAGUGGUUUAUGUUCAUUUGACAUUCAACACGUUAUGAACCGUUCAGGUUCAACUCCAACGUUUUUUAAAACCAGAGUUUGGAUCGAGUUUAGCCCCGGUUAGCCUCAACUGGAGCUUAAUCCCGCUGGAAACACCGUAAAGUGACCUUCCACCGUGAAGCGGCCUGAUCAGUGCGCUGGAUCCCGAAGAGAAGAGCUGAAAGUCGGAUGAUAGCAGGUGGUUUGUCUGGUCCUCCUCGUCUACCAGGCCUGGCCUCAGACUAACGGCUUGUAUCUGCAGCUCUGGCCCGAUCACACCUGGGUUCACCUGUUGUCCCGGUGUGAAGUGGUUCACACCGGGACUGUGAGGAGUCCUGACCGGAACAUGCUGCCGGCCCUCGGUGUCAAACAUCAGUCGAAGCAGCUGUAAAGUGUCAGUCACGAUGGGACCAGAGAGCAAACUGUUCCUCAGUGUUUUCCUCAUCUCCUGCUCCUCAGGUGCCAUUUUGGGUCGUUCAGAGACUCAGAAGUGUGUCCACUACAACUACAGCCCUAAUUCUUCCUCCUCAUCUUCCUCGGCGUUGGAUGGUCGGGGGAACAUCAGCAGAGUGAUAACCUGCUCUGGGGAAAAAGAUAAGAGGUUGCACUGCUUCGCCACCUGGAAGAACGUCUCUGGAGCUGUGAAGGUGGUGAAGCAGGGCUGCUGGCUGGAUGACGUCAACUGUUAUAACAGGAGCGAGUGUGUGGAAAAGAAAGAUGGUCCUGAAGUCUUCUUCUGCUGUUGUGAUGGCAUUUUGUGUAACGACAAGUUCUUCUAUAGCCCCAACAUCAGCUGGCCACCCACGACGAACAAACCAGUGACGUCUCCACCUCCAUUGCUGUCCACGCUCAUGUACUCACUGGUUCCCAUCAUGGCUGUCACCGCCAUUGUCCUCUUUUCCUUUUGGAUGUACCGGCACCACAAGCUGGCCUACCCACCUGUACUAGUGCCCACACAGCACGCCUUUCACAUAAUGAUAGAGGACCCUGGACCCUUUCCCCCCUCCCCCAUCCUUGGUCAAAAGCCCCUGCAGUUACUGGAGAUCAAAUCCAGGGGGCGUUUCGGCUGCGUGUGGAAGGCGCAGCUGCUCAGUGAAUAUGUGGCUGUCAAAAUCUUCCAAAUACAGGACAAACCGUCAUGGCAGAACGAGUUGGAGAUCUACAACAUGAACGGGAUGAGACAUGAAAACCUGCUGCACUUCAUCGGUGCUGAGAGAAGAGGAAGUCACAUGGUCACGGAGCUUUGGCUCAUCACCGCCUUCCACGACAAGGGUUCUCUAACCGACUACCUGAAGGCAAACGUUCUCUCCUGGUCUGAGCUGUGUGUCAUCGCUCAGUCCAUGUCCAGAGGUCUCGCCUACCUGCACCAAGACAUACCUGGACACAAGGACGGACACAAGCCCGCCAUCGCACACAGGGACUUUAAGAGUAAGAACGUUCUGCUGAAGUCCGACCUGAGCGCCUGCAUUGCUGACUUCGGCCUUGCUCUCAGGUUUGAGGCGGGAAAGUCUCCAGGAGACACCCACGGACAGGUGGGGACCAGGAGGUACAUGGCCCCUGAGGUCCUGGAGGGGGCGAUCAACUUCCAGAGAGAUGCCUUCCUCAGGAUCGACAUGUAUGCUGUCGGUCUGGUGCUGUGGGAGCUCGCUGCUCGCUGCAAGGCUGCUGACGGUCCGGUGAAUGAGUACAUGCUGCCGUUUGAGGAGGAGGUGGGUCAACAUCCGACUCUGGAGGACAUGCAGGAUGUUGUCGUCCACAAUAAGCUGAGACCGACGCUCAGAGAGUGCUGGAAGAACCAUGCUGGUCUGGUGUUGUUGUGUGAGACCAUCGAGGAAUGCUGGGACCAUGAGGCGGAGGCCCGACUGUCGGCCGGCUGCGUGGAGGAGCGAAUCGUACAGAUGCAGCGACAGACGAAUGCCACGAUGCCCGAGGAGAUUGUCACGGUUGUCACCAUGGUAACCAACGUGGACUACUUGCCUAAAGAGUCAAGCCUAUGACGAGACAUAGGGCCUAUCAGGAUGGAGCAGGGACUCCUGCUAAGGUGACCUGCCGGGUGCUCAGGUGACCUCCAGGUGCUCAGUUGAUUUGUUGGACGCUCAGGUGACCUCUGGCUGCAGGUGAGUGUCAGACUGAUGAGCAGCUCUUGAACCUGGAGAACAACAUGGUGGAGAGUCUCUCUGUCAUCACUUCCUGUUACCUUUUUUGACGAUCCAAACACUUUUAUUUCAAAAUAAAAGGGCGACUUAAGUUUGUCUAAUGUGAUGAUGAUGAUGUCAACAACAAAUGUCUUCUGAAUGUCUGUUUCACUGUUUUUUUUUUGUGUCAUAUAUACAUGUAAAUACAGAUUUGUAUUAUAUACGUAAAUUUACAGAUUAAGUUUAUUUUGAGAAAUAUGCAUAUACAGAUUAUUAUUAUAUACAUGUAUAAACAGAUUUAGGGAUGUCACAAUACAAAAUAUUUAUUAGUCAAUACACCAUGAUACGAUUCUCGAUGCCCAAUUUGAUACCAUGGCAAAAACAAAACCUCUCACUUACUUCCACACGCACUCUUUUAAUAAUAACAUUUGAACAUACAAAAAACAACAGUGGCUAUAUGUAGUCUUCAUGAAUAUAUUAUGAUUGUAUAUUAUGAUAUACAAACAUAUACAGAUUGCUUUAUACCUGUAUACAGAGUAUUAUUAUCAUGAUAUACAAAUGAUUAUUAUGAUAUACAUGUGUAUAUAUAUAUAUACACAUGUAUAUAUAGAUUGUUAUUAUAUAUGUAUAUACAGAUAAUUGUUUUUAUUAUAUAGAAGAAACAACUCUGUCGUUAGAUCAUCAGCUGAUUUAAAUCCAAAUCUUGUUAUUUCUACAUACUGAAAAUGACAUGAUUUUAUCCUACAUUUAUUUUAGUGUUGUGUGACAUCACAGAUCAGCUGACUGAAUGUUAAAAUGAAGAACGUCGUCUGCUCAUUUGUUUUCUUCUGGAUGCCGAUUGGAUCAGAGCCUCGACUGCUACAAAUCAAAUGACAUCAAACACAAGUGAAGUGAAAAAUCUGUCGUCACGUCAACAACGAAAACCAAACGUUUGCUAAACGUCUCAGGGAGAUGGUCAGGAACUCUCAGGAACUGUCAGGUGACCUGACUCAGGCAUGCUCCUGGUUUCUGUUCACACCUGUUUCCUCUGAUGAACUGUGAUAUAAGCCCCCCCCCUUUUUUUUUUUAAACCUCUGACAGGACGUGCCACGGAUUUUAGCAUGAGUCUGUUUUUAUUGACACUAAUCAAAAACUCCUUUAUAAUGUUAAUAUUGUUGUAAAUAUGUUGUUAACAUGUUUAUUUUAUACAAUGACAAUCGUACAAAUGAAAAACAGUUUGUGUAUCUGUUUCAGUAAUUUAUGUUGAAAGUUCUAAACUCUAA